CAGAGAUGCAAUACUGAUGCUGUUCUUUUGACUCACAAAAAUACAAUGUGUCGGAUAGAGAAAGGAAGUUGGUCGCUUGGCUACACAUCAAUAACUGGUGGUGAGAUUAUAUGCAUAGGUGACCAAGAACUACAAAUUGUUUUUGCUCCUGUAAGUGUCUUGCCUGGAGAAUUGUUCUCAGUAUGCCAACAAAUUAUUUUUACCAAUGUGCUUACUCGGUCAUACAGAUGGUCAUAUGGGACUUCUCCAUGUUAAUACCAAUGCACUAAUUGUUGGAGACCAUUGUGUAGGUUGCAAGAUCAACAGCUCGAAAUAAUAAUGUAUGCUGGACUUCUUUGGAAAAUUAUAAGGCGAGCUGUGGAGUGCAUUCCACAUUCCGUUGGGCGGUGGCGUAUAUAUGCAAGAAGCUCUCCGGCUAUGAGCUAUCCUUGCGGCAUGUGUCAUUGCUGGUGGCCUGAGCAAUUGCUUGUGCUCUCAAAAGGAACAAUGGCAAGUAAUCAUAGAUUCUCUCGGAACAAGCCAUGUUAAUUUGCAGAGCAAGCAAAGCGGAGUUGUGGGAGUGCAUGUAUUCGACCUCGCCUCAAUGAGGCACUAGACUAGCAGCGGUAGUAUAACAAGGCAGCUGCAUUUCUCUCUCACGCAUGCGGCAUCCAGGCUAAGCCAUGAACGACACAAACAAACAAAUGUUGUUAUCUCACCAGGGCAGGAAACUCCUCAAUGUGGUCCCUAUGCUUCUGGUCUUCUCCUUGGGAUUUGUGUUGGGCAUGACCUCCAACACCAAGUUUCCAAAUGUCUACCUCCCUUUCGUGCCACUAUUGCCCUCUCAUACACCGCCGCCACCUCAUCUGCCUCCAACAUCGCCACCUCUUCCACAGCCUCCACCGUCGCCAUCACCACAAAACCCGCAGAUGGCGUUGGCGGGAUUCCUUGCACCGAGCAGCGUCAUGCACAACAUGACAGACGAGGAGCUGUUCUGGAGGGCGUCCAUGGUGCCGAAGGUUCGCCGCACGCCAUACCACCAAGUACCGAAGGUUUCCUUCUUGUUCCUUGUGAGGGGGGAUUUGCCACUGCGGCCUUUGUGGGAGAAAUUCUUCGCUGGGAACGAAGGGUUGUACUCAAUUUACGUGCAUGUCGAUCCCUCCUACACCAGCUCGCCGCCUAAGGACUCGGUGUUCUACGGCCGCAUGAUCCUAAGCCAGAAAACGAUGUGGGGACACGUGACCCUGCUGGAGGCGGAGCGUCGCCUCCUGGCGAAUGCCUUCCUGGACCGUAGCAACGAGCGCUUCGUGGUGUUGUCCGAGUCGUGCAUCCCCGUCUACGACUUCGCCACCGUGUAUGCCCUCCUCACCGGCUCCAACACCAGCUUCGUCGACAGCUACUUCAACCGGGGCCGCUACAACGACUUCUUCGCCCGCCGCUGCAACAUCAGCCUCGCGCAGUGGCGCAAGGGCAGCCAGUGGUUCGAGAUGGACCGGGACCUCGCCGUCGAGGUCGUCUCCGACGACACCUACUUCCCGGAGUUCCGCGAGUACUGCACCGACCAUGAGCCCUGCCUCAUGGAGGAGCAUUACAUGGCGACGCUGCCAAACCAGCUGGGGUGGACGCGCAACGCCAACCGAUCGCUCACGUACGUGGACUGGCGGAAGGGGGGGUUCCACCCGCGGAGGUACGGCGGGAAGGACGUGACGGAGGAGCUGAUCAAGGAGAUCAGGGGAGGCGCGGGCAAGAACUGCACCUACAACGGCAGGCCGGGCGGGAUCUGUUACGUGUUCGCGCGCAAGUUUGCGCCGGACACGCUCGACCCGCUGCUCGCCUUGGCUCCCAAGGUUAUGGGAUUUGGCGGGUGACACGAGAUUGCAUUCCGGACGUCAUGACUAGGAGAAACUUUAGGGGCCUGCUAGCGACCGGAGGUCCGGCUAUCGGACGCUCCCUCCCAAAAAAAAAAGCCUCCGCAACAUAUUGAAUCUACUUGUACAACAUAUUUUAUGUAUGGUUACAACAUA